AUGAUAAAGAAGAAGAAGUCAUCUAGAGCAGAAAGGGAAGACAAUUACACUCUGGUCAAAGCUAACAGGACCUGCCAGACACCUUCCCAUUUGAACAUCACCGCAUUCACAAUUACUUGCAUUCGAAUAGCACAGUACAAGCUCGCGUUAUAUUUGGAUUCUUAUCCAAUCCACAAUAUAACGGGUAGCCUCAUGGUAUGUUUGAAAGGACAGUGCCCUGAAUACAGAAAACGCAUUUUUGCCCAUUCAUAUAGGCAUUCAUCCCGAAUACGUUUAAAUUUGCCAUCUAGAAGGAGGUAUUCCAAUUAUGUGGAUCGAGAAAAUAUUCAUAGACAUACCCAAUUACCGCCUCAGUUCAUAGGGCUAAACACUGUGGAAAGUGCUCAACCUUCAAUAUUACGAGAUUUUGUUGCGUUACAUGGUGGGCAUACAGUUAUUUCAAAGAUUUUAAUAGCAAACAAUGGGAUUGCUGCGGUAAAAGAAAUGAGAUCUAUAAGGAAAUGGGCCUACGAGACGUUCAAUGAUGAAAAGGCCAUUCAAUUCGUGGUAAUGGCCACACCAGAUGAUCUACACGCAAAUUCAGAGUAUGUUAGAAUGGCGGACCAAUAUGUACAGGUUCCAGGAGGCACGAACAAUAAUAAUUACGCCAACAUUGAUUUAAUAUUGGACGUAGCACAGCAAACAGAUGUGGAUGCGGUCUGGGCCGGGUGGGGUCAUGCCUCCGAAAAUCCAUGUCUUCCUGAGCUACUAGCUAGUUCACAAAGGAAAAUACUGUUCAUUGGUCCUCCUGGACGGGCCAUGAGAUCUUUGGGUGAUAAGAUUUCUUCUACUAUUGUAGCACAAAGCACUAAAAUCCCGUGCAUUCCUUGGUCUGGUUCACACAUAGACACUAUUCAUAUCGAUAACCAAACGAAGUUUGUAUCUGUUCCGGAUGACGUAUAUAUAAAGGGAUGUUGUUCCUCACCUGAAGACGCUCUAGAGAAGGCUAAAUUAAUAGGAUUUCCUGUAAUGAUUAAGGCAUCUGAAGGUGGUGGAGGAAAAGGUAUUAGGCGAGUGGACAAUGAGGACGAUUUUAUCGCAUUAUAUCACCAAGCAGUGAGCGAAACUCCAGGAUCGCCAAUGUUUGUUAUGAAAGUUGUCACAGAUGCCCGUCACUUAGAGGUACAGUUAUUAGCUGACCAAUAUGGCACUAACAUUACAUUGUUCGGGAGAGACUGUUCUAUACAAAGGCGGCACCAAAAAGUAAUAGAAGAGGCACCAGUGACCAUAACAAAGCCUGAAACAUUUCAUAGGAUGGAACGCGCAGCAAUUCGUCUAGGUGAAUUGGUAGGUUAUGUUUCUGCGGGCACCGUUGAGUAUUUAUAUUCACCAAAAGAUGAUAAAUUUUACUUUUUAGAAUUGAAUCCAAGAUUACAAGUAGAGCAUCCAACCACAGAAAUGAUAUCUGGUGUAAACCUUCCUGCUGCUCAACUGCAAAUCGCUAUGGGCAUUCCAAUGCAUAGAAUAAGUGAUAUCAGAAAACUUUAUGGUUUAGAUCCAACGGGAACCUCGUGGGCUGAUUUUAAAAGCUUAAAGAGACCCUCACCAAGGGGUCAUUGCAUUUCAUGCAGGAUCACUUCAGAAGACCCUAAAGAAGGCUUCAAACCAUCGACUGGGAAAAUCCAUGAGCUUAAUUUUCGUUCAUCUUCCAGCGUUUGGGGUUAUUUCUCGGUGGGAAAUAAUAGUGCCAUUCAUGCAUUUUCAGAUUCCCAAUUCGGCCAUAUUUUUGCAAUAGGAAACGAUAGACAAGAUGCAAAGCAAAACAUGGUUUUAGCUUUAAAAGAUUUUUCCAUCCGAGGAGAAUUUAAAACACCUGUAGAAUACCUGGUAGAGUUAUUAGAGACCAGGGACUUCGGGAGUAAUAAUAUAUCCACUGGUUGGCUGGAUAGUUUGAUUUUGAAAAAUUUAUCUUCCGAUUCCAAACUAGAUCCUACGCUCGCUGUUAUUUGUGGUGCAGCAAUGAAAGCGUACGUUUACACAGAAGGAGCAAGGAACAAGUAUUUGGAAUUAUUGCGGAGAGGCCAAGUUCCACCUAAAGAUUUACUGAGAACAAAAUUUCCCGUUGACUUCAUUUUCGAUAAUAAUAGAUAUAUGUUCAACGUUGCGCAAUCCUCCGCAGAGCAAUUUAUCCUCUCUAUUAAUAAAUCUAAAUGUGAGGCUAAUGUCCAAAAGUUGUCCAGUGAUUGUCUAUUGAUCUCUGUUGAUGGUAAAUGUCACACAGUUUAUUGGAAGGACGUUAUCGGAGGUACAAGGCUUUCUAUAGACUCCAAUACUAUAUUCUUGGAGGCUGAACUCAAUCCCACUCAAAUGAUCUCUCCAACCCCAGGAAAAUUGAUGAAAUAUUUGGUUGGAAGUGGUGAUUACAUUUCUGCCGGACAACAGUAUGCAGAAAUAGAAAUAAUGAAAAUGCAGAUGCCACUGGUAGCAAAAACUGAUGGUAUAAUUGAGUUGUUAAGACAGCCUGGCUCCAUAAUUGAGGCUGGUGAUGUUAUAGCAAAACUGACUUUGGAUGCACCAUCUAAAGCUAACGAAUCGUCUUUAUACCGCGGAGAAUUACCUGCUUUAGGUCCACCAAUAAUAGAAGGUAGCCAACCGAUUCAUAAGCUCAAAGUCUUAAUAAGUAGGUUGGAAAAUGUCCUCAAUGGAUAUAAUGAAAACUUUGGAAUAGAAACAACUUUAAAGGAAUUGAUAAAAAUUUUGAGAGAUGGUAGACUUCCUUAUUCAGAAUGGAAAUCCCAAAUUUCGGCGGUGCGCAAUAGAUUACCAAGGCAGUUGAACGGAGAGCUCGAAAACCUAAUCAAGAAAUCAGUUUUCUUUCCUGCAAAGGAACUGCACAACUUAAUGACGCGCUACGUGGAAGAAAAUUCGGAUGACCAUGUAAUGUAUGUUGCCUUACAGCCACUUCUUGAAAUUAGUGAAAGGUACAAUAGCGGUUUGGCUAACCACGAAUGUGAAGUUUUUUUAAAGUUAAUCAAAAAGUAUCAUGCUGUUGAGAAGAUUUUUGAAAAUCAUGACGUGGAUGAAGAAAGAAAUUUACUAGAUUUGCGAAGGAAAGAUUUAAAAAACCUAAAUGACAUUUUGUGCAUAAAUUUAUCGCAUGCUAAUGUAGUGGGAAAGAAUAAGUUAAUAAUCGCAAUUUUGCACAUAUACGAGCCAUUGUACCAGGAUUCCUCUGAGAUGUCUUUAAAAUUUAAGGAUGUUGUACAUGAUUUGGCAACCUUAGAAUCCAAGUGGACAAAAGAGGUUUCUGUAAAGGCAAGAUCAUUGUUACUCAAGAGGAUUUUCCCUCCUACGAAAAAAAGAAAAGAGCAUAUUGAAGCUCUUCUGCGAACGUACACAGAUGAUACUGGUGCCGAAAACACCUACGACAGAAACAUAUAUUUGUGCGUGAAGAAUUUUGAUAAUUUAAUACAUUCAAAUCUAGUGCAACUACAGGAUUUGUUCUUUUUUUUUGGCCAUCAAAAUACGCUCUUUUCCAGUAUGGCAUCAGAAAUUUAUGUAAAGUAUGCCUAUGGCCACUAUCAAUUGAAAAGUAUGAGGAUUCACAAGAAGGCGCCUAAUAUACUAAUGUCAUGGCAAUUCAGUUUAUCAAGAUAUACUUUGCUCAACCCCAAUAGUGACAAAAACGAGUUUAACAAAUCUUCUAAACAUUCUUCAACAUCAGGUGAGACCUUAUCAAAUAACUUUGUCUUUCUUGUCAACAUGAGUGAGUUUGGAUCCCUGGAAAAGACAUUAGACGAGGUAUACGAGAAAGUUCAUAUCUCCGACGAAAAUUUUGCUAAUGGAGAGAGCUCUCUUAUUGUAAAUGUUUUAUCUCCUAUUCGUUAUAGAGAUGAAGAUGAUUUAAUUAAAAGUCUGAAAAUCAAACUGCAUGAAAAUGAGAAGCGUUUGACCAACCUCAAACUUAAUCGUAUCACAUUCGCAUUUACGGAAGGGAAUAUGCCCUUUGUCAAAUUCUACUCGUUUGAUGGGACAACGUAUGAUGAAAUUUCUCAAAUAAGAAACUUGGAUCCAUCUUACGAAGCGCCAUUAGAGUUAGGGAAAAUGUCGAACUAUAAAAUCAGGUCACUGCCUACAUACGAUAGUAAUGUACGCAUAUUCGAGGGUAUCAGCAAAUUCACGCCGCUAGAUAAAAGGUUCUUUAUCAGAAAAGUCAUAAACUCCUUCACGGAUAACGAUCAGAAAACAGCCAGGGGAAACCUGAAAACAGAAAUUAAUGCUCAGGUGACUUAUAUGUUGGAACAUUUGGAAGCAUUUGAUACCUCAAAUUCGGACUUGAAUCAUAUUUUUUUAAAUUUCAAUGCAGUCCUUAACAUGCCGGUCCAUGGUCUCGAAGAAAUUGUAAGAACAGUUUUAAAAACUCACGAGAUUAGAUUGUUUCAAGAAAGAAUCACAGAUAUAGAAAUUCGUAUUUCUAUUGAGCACCCGGAAACAAGGAAGCCGACCCCGCUUAGAUUGCUUAUUUCCAAUAGAUCAGGAUAUGUGAUAAGUAUUGAAACGUAUUAUGAAACGGUAGGGAAGGAUGGGAGCCUGAUAUUGGAGCCGUAUAGUAGGCAGGGCCAUUAUGGUCAGAAACGUAUCUCUCUGCCGUACACGGUCAAGGAUUGGUUGCAACCUAAAAGAUAUAAAGCUCAAUUUAUGGGUACAACAUACGUGUACGACUUUCCAGAUUUGUUCCGUCAAGCUGCAGUCCAGCAGUGGAGAAGGUAUUUUCCAAAACAUAAGCUAAAUGACGGGUUUUUUAGUUGGGUUGAAUUGAUAGAACAAAACGGCCAUUUAAUCAAGGUAAACAGGGAGCCCGGUCAUAAUAAUAUAGGGAUGGUUGCUUUUGAGAUCAUGGUUCAGACACCUGAAUAUCCGGAAGGGCGUAACAUGAUUGUGAUUUCUAAUGAUAUUACCUACAAUAUUGGAUCUUUUGGACCGAAAGAAGAUCUGUUUUUUGACAAGGUUACAAAUUAUGCGAGAGAGAAGGGGAUUCCGAGAAUUUAUUUAGCAGCUAAUUCAGGAGCUAAGCUCGGUAUAGCCGAAGAGUUGAUUCCGCUAUUCCGUGUAGCAUGGAAUGACCCAUCUGAUCCGACAAAGGGUUUCCAGUACUUAUAUUUAGCUCCAAAAGACAUGCAGCUCUUAAAAGAUUAUGGGAAAGGAAAUUCGGUUGUUGUUGAACAGAAGAUGGUAUACGGUGAAGAGAGAUAUAUUAUUAAGGCAAUAGUCGGAUUCGAAGAGGGCUUAGGUGUUGAAUGUUUGCAGGGCUCGGGUUUAAUUGCUGGUGCCACUUCGAAAGCAUAUAGAGACAUUUUUACUAUUACUGCGGUCACUUGUAGAUCUGUUGGUAUAGGCUCUUAUCUGGUUAGACUAGGACAACGUACUAUUCAGGUGGAGGAUAAGCCUAUCAUAUUAACGGGUGCAUCAGCGAUUAAUAAAGUUUUGGGUACAGAUAUCUAUACAUCCAACCUACAAAUAGGCGGCACCCAAAUCAUGUACAAGAACGGAAUAGCACAUUUAACAGCCAGUGAUGAUAUGAAAGCCAUCGAAAAAGUAAUGACAUGGUUAUCAUAUGUCCCUGCGAAGAGAGACAUGAGUCCUCCACUACUCGAAACUAUGGACAGGUGGGAUAGGGAUGUGGAAUUCAAGCCCGCCAAGCAAGUACCAUAUGAGGCAAGGUGGUUGAUAGAGGGUAAAUUGGACUCGAAUAGCGGCUUUCAAUCCGGCCUAUUUGAUAAGGGUUCGUUUUUUGAGACACUAUCUGGAUGGGCCAAAGGUGUAAUAGUUGGAAGAGCACGUCUUGGAGGUAUCCCUGUGGGUGUUAUUGCGGUGGAAACUAAAACUAUCGAAGAAAUAAUCCCCGCUGAUCCAGCUAACCUGAAUUCUUCAGAGUUUUCAGUUAAAGAAGCAGGACAGGUUUGGUAUCCAAAUUCCGCGUUCAAAACAGCACAAACUAUAAAUGAUUUUAACUACGGUGAGCAAUUACCGCUGAUUAUCUUAGCCAACUGGAGGGGAUUUUCUGGCGGUCAAAGGGAUAUGUACAAUGAAGUGCUAAAGUAUGGGUCCUUUAUUGUUGACGCUCUGGUUGACUACAAGCAACCCAUACUAAUAUACAUUCCGCCUUUUGGUGAGUUAAGGGGUGGAUCAUGGGUUGUUAUAGAUCCAACCAUUAAUCCUGAACAAAUGGAAAUGUAUGCUGAUGUUGAAUCUAGAGGAGGUGUGUUAGAACCUGAUGGAGUAGUUAGCAUAAAGUAUCGUAAGGAGAAAAUGAUAGAGACGAUGAUUCGAUUAGAUUCCACAUACAGACAUUUGAGAAGAACGUUGACAGAAAAAAAGUUAUCUUUGGAAAAACAAAAUGAUCUUACGAAGAGAUUAAAAAUAAGAGAGAGGCAGUUGAUGCCAAUUUAUAACCAAAUCAGCAUACAGUUUGCAGAUUUGCAUGAUAGAUCUACUAGGAUGCUGGUUAAAGGGGUCAUCCGAAAGGAAUUAGAAUGGAAAAAGUCACGCAGGUUUUUAUAUUGGAGGCUGAGGAGAAGGUUGAAUGAGGGCCAGGUGGUCAAAAGACUACAAAAAAAAAUAUGUGAUAAUAAAGCAAGAAUAAAGUACAACGACUUGUUGAGAAUGGUUCAGUCAUGGUAUAAUGAUCUGAAUGUAAAUGAUGACAGAGCGGUAGCGGAGUUCAUAGAAAUAAAUUCGAAAAAAAUUGACAAGAACAUUGAAGAGUUUGAAACAUCGCUGUUUAUCGAUGAGCUUAAGAGGAAAUUUGAAGAUAGAAGGGGAAACAUUGUCCUUGAAGAGUUAACUAGGUUGGUGGACAGUAAGCGAAAGAGAUGA